UACAAUUACGGAGACUCAGACUGGCCAUGGCGAGUCAAGCCUUUGAAUCAAGCAUCAACUGAAUCCUCUGAUAAAAAGCCAUCCAUCAGUUUGGGUCCGCAGAGAUCGCCCCAUUGUGCUGCUCCUGUUUCUUCACCUGGAUUGGACGAGGUGAACAGCAGUGGUCCACAUAAGCAGUCAGGCAAAGCAAGAACAUCAAGAAAAACGAAGCGGUUUCAAUCAAGACUGGCAAAAUUAAGAAAACAUCAUGAAGAUUGCUAUGAACGUUUUAACAGAGCAGAAAUUGAAAAUGGAACGCAAUAAGAUUGCUAAACAGCUAUCACAAAAAGAUUGUUUGUCAUCCUUAGUCGCGUCCACAACUGAUGCAUCCACUUCAUCGGCACCCUGUGCUGUGUCCACCUCUGUGAUGACCUCAUCACCGUCACCAUAUUACCGGUUACCAGAGGGGACACUGCAGUUGGCAAAAAUGAGUAAAGUCCUAAUUGCCAUGGAGAAAGGAACACUGUCGGACUUCAAAGGAAAGAAACUUGACGACAUUGAAAUUGACCCAAAUGAGCAACUUGAGGCUCAAGGUGAUUCCAUGUCAAGUGAUGAGGAGGAUUACAGUGACGUAUCUCAGACAACCGCACCAGCAGAGACUGAUCCACCUGUUCAAUCUGAUCAAUCCGGUUCACAAGAGGAUCAAGGUUCUUCAAAUGCUCCAAAAAAGAAAUGGGAGGACAAUGAGGUAAAAGCAGUAGAGAGACACAUGAUGAAGUUCAUCAAGACAUGCAAAGUUCCUGGUAAGCAAGACUGUGAAAGAUGCAUUCACGCAGAGCCAGAAGCUUUGAAGCAGCGAACAUGGACUCGUGUGAAAAAUUAUGUGCGGAACAGGAUCACGACUCUUAAAAGAAAGGGUGGUUUGUGAGGAGGCACAAACACAAAAACACUUCAGUGCCUUUUAUAACUUCUUUACUGUAAAAAAAAAUAUAUAUAUAAUAUAUAAUAAUACUGUAAAAAUAUAAUAUGAUGUGGAAAGUGUUAAAAGUAUUAUUUAACUUAUUUGUGUGAAGAGAGUGGCUCAGCUAGUGACCAGCUCAUAGAGAACUGGAUGAUCAAUUGAAUCAUUGAAGGUGCUGUACAUUAAAGUUGUUAGCAGAAGACUGUACUGCGAUGUUGCAUAAACUAAUCAAAAAUACUUUUCUUUAACUGCCCCUUUUAACAUGCUUAUACAUUUUAAAGAGUGAACCGUUUAUUCCAAGUAAAAUAAUCCCAUAUUAGCUCUUAUAAAUAUAUUUUACAUGCCAUCUUAACACUUCUAAGCACAUUCUCUUUUUGUAAGAAAUGGAGGAAAAUGAAAAUAGAAAUUGUUUUGAGGAUGGAAUGAAACAGAAUAUCAAGAAAGACAGUAUAAGAACGCUAAUGAAGAAAGAAUAGUUCAUUUUCAAUUAGGGCUGGGCGAUAUAUCGCAUGCGAUUGUCACGCGCAUUUCGUCAGUAAAGCCGGUUCCCUGAUUACCGCUAAAUCGCCAUCACCUGCUUUCAAAUGGAGCGGCAUUUAA